ACGGACAGGCUCGCGCCGCCGUGUCUCUGAACACCCUCGCGCUCUCUGCCAAUCCACUCCACGCGGCUGCUGCUGCACGCGCUUCAAACACCGAGGAGGAAGAGGAGGGAGGCUCCGCUCGCGCAGCCAUAUGUGUGCGUGUGUGUGCGUGCGUGUGUGAGUGUGUGUACAGGACGUUAUUGUGAUCCCCCCCCCCCACACCUCACACACACAGGUGUUGCGUGUCCUCGUGCGGAUGGAGACGCUGCGGAGCUCGCGCGCUUCAACAACAACUUGAUGCUCCUUGGUUUUCCUCCCGCAGGCCCACGUGCGUGUGUGCGUGUUUUUUAAAGAAGCAGAUCGAGGACGCGGAUUUCUCUUCGCCUCUGGAUCUUCCGGGAUUUGUCCUCGCGUGGCGUCUCCGGUGGACGUGACCGGACAGCGGGAGUCACCGGGGCUUUGUCUCCUCCAUCAUGACGGAGUGACCGGAUCCAGCUGUGCCGGCGACGCACGAGCCACCGCGGGGUUGAACAGAGAGCAUCCUCCGUGACGCCCGCUCACGCCCGGACGUCCGCCCCGCUCUCCGCGGAUCCCGGUUUCUCCGUGACGCCGCGGCACCCUGAUGGUGCGGACGGUCGGUUCACGGUGGUUCGAGCCGCUGAUGGCACGCGCCGCCCGGUGAUUCGUGGCGGUGGACCGCGGUGGAUCCGGGAGAUGCUUGUCCACUCGGGACUGUUUCUUCAGUGGGAUGGUUCGCGUGACAAUGACGUCCAGCCGCGCUUUGCCCCGUGCCGUGCUCACCGCAACCCGAGAGAGAAGCACGCGCCCCCGGUUCGAUGCGCACGAGAGGACGUCGUUCCCCCAAAACCGCUGAGCUAACUCACACCCGGGAGGGCGGGAGGCGACACUACCGACACUACCGACAGACACGAGAGCCACACCGGCGACGAGCGGCGGCGGGGAUGGAGCUGUCCGAGGUCCGGUGCUCCAGCGCCAGCGAGGAGCUGUACACCAUCAACCGGACACCGAGCGGCAGCAGCGGCGGCAGCGCGCGACCCAAGCGGCUGCUGUGGCAGAACGCGGUGCGGCACAUCACCGAGCAGCGGUUCAUCCACGAGCAGGGCGGCGGAGGGGGGGUGAAGGGCGUCGGGGCGGACGAGCCCUACGACCCGGGCCAGGGGGCGCGGAAGCAGUCGGCGGGGCGGACGUCGGUGGGGGACCGGCACAACAACGGCGGGACCAAGGUGUUCCCGGAGCGCGCCAGCAGCGACCUCGGCUUCCUGCAGAUCGACUGCGCGCCGAGCAACUCCGACUUCUUCCUGAACUGGGGCUACACGUACCGGGGCGUCAUCUUCCCCACGCUGCGCAACGCGUUCAAGUCCCGCGACCUGGAGCGGCUCUACCAGCGCUACUUUCUGGGCCAGAGGCGCAAGUCCGUGGUGGUGAUGAACAUCCUGGACGUGGUGACGAAGCUCACCCUGCUGGUGCUGCACCUCACCCUGGCCUCGUCCCCCAUGGACCCCAUCAAGGGGACGCUGCUGGGCUUCUUCACGGGCAUCGAGGUGGUCAUUUGUGCCUUAGUGGUGGUGCGGAAGGACACCACGUCGCACGGCUACCUGCAGUACAGCGGCGUGGUCACCUGGGUGGCCAUGGCCACGCAGAUCCUCGCGGCCGGGCUGGGCUACGGGCUGCUGGGCGACGGGGUGGGAUACGUGCUGUUCACCCUGUUCGCCACCUACAGCAUGCUGCCGCUGCCGCUCACCUGGGCCAUCAUGGCCGGCCUGUUCACCUCGGGGCUGCACAUCCUGGUGCAGCUGCUCAUCUCCCACAAUGCACAGCUGUUCACCAACCAGGUUGCGGCUCAGGCUGUGUUGUUCAUGUGCAUGAACACUGCCGGGAUAUUCAUCAGCUACCUGUCGGACCGCGCUCAGCGCCAGGCCUUCCUGGAGACGCGGCGCUGCAUCGAGGCCCGGCUGCGACUCGAGACGGAGAACCAGCGACAGGAGAGGCUGGUGUUAUCGGUCCUUCCACGUUUUGUAGUUUUGGAGAUGAUCAACGACAUGACAAAUGUAGAGGAUGAACACCUCCAGCAUCAGUUUCACAGAAUCUACAUCCACCGCUACGAGAAUGUCAGCAUUCUUUUCGCAGAUGUUAAAGGCUUCACAAACCUCUCCACGACGCUGUCGGCGCAGGAGCUGGUGCGAAUGUUGAAUGAACUCUUUGCACGCUUUGACCGCCUCGCACAUGAGCACCACUGUCUACGAAUAAAGAUCCUGGGAGACUGUUACUACUGCGUGUCUGGUCUGCCUGAGCCCAGACAGGACCACGCCCACUGCUGUGUGGAGAUGGGCCUCAGCAUGAUCAAGACCAUCAGAUACGUGAGGUCGCGCACGAAACACGACAUCGACAUGCGUAUCGGGAUCCACUCGGGCUCGGUGCUGUGCGGCGUGCUGGGACUCAGGAAGUGGCAGUUUGACGUCUGGUCCUGGGACGUGGACAUCGCCAACAAGCUGGAGUCCGGAGGGAUCCCAGGACGGAUCCACAUCUCCAAAGCCGCUCUGGACUGUCUGAACGGGGACUACGAGGUGGAGGAGGGCCACGGGAAGGACCGCAACGACUUCCUCCGCCGCCACAACAUCGAGACGUACCUCAUCAAGCAGCCGGAGGAGAGCCUGCUCACCCUGCCGGAGGACAUCAUGAAGGAGGCCGCCAGCUCGGCCGACCGCCGGGUCAGCAGCGCCACCUUCAACGAGGCGUCGUGGAGCCCCGAGCUGCCCUUCGACAACAUCGUGGGGAAGCAGAACUACUCCCAGAUGAGGGAUGAGGUCUUCAAGUCCAACCUGGUCUGCGCCUUCAUCGUGCUCAUCUUCAUCACCACCAUCCAAAGCCUACUUCCCUCUGCCAGAAUGGUAACCAUGGUGGUCCAGUUCUCCGUCCUCAUCGUCCUCCAUUCCUGCCUGGUCCUCGUUACAACGGCAGAGGACUACAAGUGUCUGCCUCUGGUCCUACGCAAAACCUGCUGCUGGAUCAACGAGACCUACGCCGCGCGAAACGUCAUCAUCUUCGUCUCCAUCCUCAUCAACUUCCUGGCAGCCAUGAUCAAUAUACUGUGGUGUGACUUCGACAAGUCCAGCACCUUCAGGAACCAGACGUACAACGAGUCGGCCUCCGUCCCCGACAUCUGCUUCUACCCAGAGUACUUUGUGUUCACGGGGGUCCUGGCGAUGGUGACGUGUGCAGUGUUCCUGCGGCUGAACUCCGUGUUGAAGUUGGCGGUGCUGCUGGUGAUGAUCGCCAUCUACUCGCUGCUGACCGAAGCCUUCUACACCUCGCUGUUCGUCCGCUACGACGCCGUCCACCACAACACAGAUAACUUCCUGGGAACUAAAGAAACAUCGCUGCUCCUCAUGGCCAUGUUCCUCCUCGCGGUGUUUUACCACGGACAGCAGCUGGAGUACACGGCGCGACUGGACUUCCUGUGGCGCGUCCAGGCUAAAGAGGAGAUCAACGAGAUGAAGGAGCUGCGAGAGCACAACGAGAACAUGCUGAGGAACAUCCUGCCCAGCCACGUGGCGCGCCACUUCCUGGAGAAGGACCGGGACAACGAGGAGCUGUACUCGCAGUCCUACGACGCUGUGGGCGUGAUGUUUGCCUCCAUCCCGGGCUUCGCCGACUUCUACUCCCAGACCGAGAUGAAUAACCAGGGAGUCGAGUGCCUGCGGCUGCUCAACGAAAUCAUUGCCGACUUUGACGAGCUGCUGGGCGAGGACCGUUUCCAGGACAUCGAGAAGAUCAAGACGAUCGGCAGCACCUACAUGGUCGUGUCGGGUCUGUCGCCUGAAAAACAGGCCGUCUCAUGUCCCUCGAGUGACUCGGGUCAUGACGCUCAGCAGACUCACACUCUCCUCUGCCUUCCACAGCAAUGUGAAGAUAAAUGGGGGCACUUGUGUGCGUUGGCAGACUUUGCCAUCGCCCUCAAUGAGAGCAUCCAGGAAAUCAACAAGCACUCUUUCAACAACUUUGAGCUGAGGAUCGGUAUGGCUCACGGCUCGGUGGUGGCGGGUGUGAUCGGUGCCAAGAAGCCGCAGUAUGACAUCUGGGGGAAGACGGUGAACCUGUCCAGCCGGAUGGACAGCACGGGCGUGAGUGGCAAGAUCCAGGUGCCGGAGGAGACCUGCAUGAUCCUCAAGGAGCGAGGCUUCGCCUGUGAAUUCCGUGGCGAGAUCUACGUGAAGGGCAUCAGCGAGCAGGAGGGCAAGAUCCGAACGCACUACUUGCUGGGCCGGGUGCAGCCCAACCCGCUCAUCAUGCAGCCGCGCAAAAUCACCGGCCAGUACUCGCUGGCGGCCGUGGUGCUCGGCCUGGUGCAGUCUCUCAACCGGCAGAAGCAAAAGCAGAUCCUCAACGAGAACAACAAUUCGGGCAUCAUGAAGGGCCACCACCACUACAACCGCAGGACGUUGUUAGCGCCCGGCUGCUCCGAGGCGGGAGCGGGGCAUCACGCCGAAGUGGCCGAUAAGACUGAGCUGUCCUGAAGAGCAGACUGGAGCUUUAGUUCCAUGCACAGUUCUCUGAGGCAGAGAUGCUCUUCAGGCAAAGAUAAUCCCAGUGGUUGAGUAAAAACCUCAGUGGGUGCAGCUAAUGAACAGUGGUUUUCUGACAAAGUAAUGUUAGCGCACAUCCACGAUAGAAAAGCUGGUGAAAGUUCUUCAGGAGUCAUAACUUUGUCACGUCACUACUAAACACAACAACCGACCAAUCAGAGCAUCGUAGGCUUCGUUAUGAAGACAUUAUCGUACCAGAGCUAAAAGCCACACAAAAUGUUCAGCGCAGGUUUUCCUCAACUGACCGUGACUUCAACAGGACGAUUACUUGUUGGAGCACGAUGGGAUCCAUUACUAGGUUUGUGCAAAACCUUUGAAGCUUUCCAAACCUACUUAUGGUUCUCCAAAGAAAGACCUACACGUCUCUGCAGGUCUAUGUAGUGUCGCUCACACAUUGCAGACUCGUUUGAGUCCAACAGGCCUCACACGCAGUUAUACACGAGCUGGAUCCCUUUUGUUCCUCGUAUGACAUCUCACAUUUGAAAAAGAGGAAAUCACCUCAUGUUGCAACUUGCAUCUCUGAAAUUUGAUGAAUUGGGCCCCUCGGUGUCAAACAGGCAGAUAAGAAGAGUUCAAAAUCCUAAUCUUAAAAACCUCUUUUGAACAAGAGUUGUACAAAUAUGCAAAUACACAGACAAGCAAGUCCCGGGUUGAAAGGUACUUUAUGGUGAUUUGUCCACGAGCAGCACUACGGGGCGAUGUUUGUUUAUGUCCUCGUUGUUUGUCCCUGCGAUGCAUUGUAUGCAUUUCCUCCCACUUUCAUAAAGCUCCACAGAUCUGCAGAAACACCAGAAAACCCAGCAGUGCACCAGCAAACACAGGGAACAUGACGGCUGCGAGCCGGUUUCUAUGGAUGUAAACAAUGCAGGUUACAAACUCAACAAAAACUGGUCUAAUGCAGUCGGCGAGUUCAUUAGAUCUCAAGGAAACACACGAUGAAUGUAAACAAACUGUUUACGAGAAACCUCCACAGGGCACCUUUAGGAGGUCGAUCAGAAAGUUAGCUUGUUUACCCGGCUCUGAAGCCAGUGAGCUACUCUUUCAACGUUAUGCAUAUCAGGGAGGAAAGAAUGCAGCUAUUUCAUUCUUCCAGGUUUUCCAGUUAGCCUGACUUCUUCCACUGAGGUGUAACUCAACCAAAGUGAUUAUUCCAGUCUCCUGAAUCAACUCUGCUUUCGAUGAAUGUUUGUAGAACUGAAACUCCACUUUGUUCCUGAAGGAGGUGGAGGAGCUGGUGUGGAGGAGCGAGGGCGGGACUGGAUCAUACGCCCUCACCUGUUCGAUGUCUGUUCGACUGAUUCCCUCAGACUGUCUGACGUUCCUCCUGUCGUUUCCACUUCCCCUUUUUACGUCGACUGGCCACUGGCCCUUCCCUGUCCAAAACCCAGAGACCCUUUCCCACUCAGACCCUCGCCCGGUGUUGAUGUUUCUUUUUUGUAUUUCUUUUAUAUAUGACAACACAAUAAAAAGGGGUCUAAUUUUGUAUA